AUGCGAGCAGACUUCUACGCACGAUCCACGGCUCUCUCGACGCUAUUCCUGCUCUGUUCUCUGGCGACGAACGAGAUUCCGCGGAGUGCUCCUCGGACGGUCGUACAGCCUCCGAAGCCGAAUAUACUCAAACAGGUCAGUUCAUCCACCUUGGUAACUAACAUUCAAAUCCCGCAACCUUUGCAGGGAUGUCCAUCGGAUCUGCUUCAUUCGCGAGCUCUCCGAUCCAUCCAACUCGCGUGCCGAUCUCAUCCCGCCACAGUGAUUUCAGCGUUUGAAGGCAUCCAAGAAGGACUUGCCAAUUGUGCGAAUCGACUGAGAUUCCAGCAAUGGGACUGCUCGGAAGCCGGCAAUAUAAUGCACGACCCUCCGUUGCUCCGAUCAGGUGUGCCCUUCCCUUCUUUUCCAUUCGCUAUUAUCGUUUCCACUUGAAGGUUUCCGCGAGUCAGCACUCAUUUGGGCGUUGUCUUCCGCUUCGGCCGCCUGGGGAGUGGCGACGGCAUGCGCCCAAGGGUGGAUAGAUGACUGUGCGUGCAAUAACAAUCUGGGCCAGAACGAGUACGAAUUCGGCGGGUAGGCGUCAAAGGGAACCGAACGGCGCACCGAUUCCGGUUGUAUUGCAGAUGCACGCACGGUGUUCAGCACGGAAUAACGGCCAGUCGGAAGCUGCUCACAAAGGUCGGCGCCGUGAACACUUUGUUGCGGAAGGUGGAGAAGCACAACUUGAAAGCGGGCAGAUUGGUAAGCAAGCGCCGGAAGCGUCUCAUGAGACGGAAAAAGGGGUUUCAGGCGAUAAAGAAGACGCUGAUCUCUUCGUGCAAAUGCCACGGAGUGUCAGGGUCGUGUCAGCAGAAGACGUGCUGGAAGCGGACGGCGACUCUGGAGCACAUAACGGACUACCUCGUCGAGAAGUUCGAAUGACUCUGUUCUUUAUUCUACUUUAACUUCUAGAUACGCUCGCGCCAAACUGUACACAGAUGAUUCGAUGGUGAAAACGACUGAUCUGAUCUAUUUGGAAUCUUCCCCGGAUGUUUGCAAAGUAAGAAUUCACUGGGAGAUACGUGAGUGUAAGAAUAAAGGAUUUCAGGCAAAGACAGUAGCUGGAAGGGUUUGUGCGUGGCGGAAUGAGACCCACACUCAAGGGGACUGCGACAGAUUGUGCUGCGGAAACGGAUUCAGUGUUAGUUUAGAAUUUCCACAAUUUUCAGCGAAAUCAAGUGAAUUCCCUUUGAUUCCAGAUUCGCCACGAAGUUGUGCGCGUGAAGUGUGAUUGCGAGUUCGUGUGGUGCUGCAACCUGGUUUGCAAGGACUGCAUCCAGCACCGAUGGAUAUCCACGUGCAACGGAACUCCACCAAAGAGCCUCAUCUUCUGA